AUGGCCGACUUUGGUAAAUUUCCAGAUGCAAGCUGUGAGACUGGAAGCAAUUUCUUCAGCUGUAGUGCUGCACCAACAUUCUGGGGAUGCUGUAAAUCAAACCCUUGUACGGACAAACCAUCUUGUAAAGAAGGCGAUCUAGUUCCUGCAUUCUUGGGCAGACCUGAGCAGUUUGCUGCAUACGCGCCAUCAGCAUCGCCGAGCCCCACAAGUACUCCAAGCAGUGCCCCAAGCAACGCUUCAAGUAGUAGCUCUAACAACGGGGCCGUUAUCGGAGGCGCAGUUGGAGGAAGUCUUGGUGCCGCCAUUCUGGUCGGAUUUAUCGUCUUCUUCCUCUGCCGCAGGAGGAAGCGCAAGCAACAAGUCGCUCACGAUGAAGCUGGCGCGGCUUCCACACCGAAAAUGAGACAGAGAUUCGAAGAUAAUACAUCAGCGCAAUUUGUGGGACAAUCGCCGCCGCCUACAUAUUCCUCGCCAAACUCGCAAUUCUAUCAACCAAUUCCGCCCCCUAAGGAUUCUUCAAAUCGUCGGUCGUACCAGGCGUACAGGCAGGAAGCCGAUGGUCUUCAAGAACUGCCAGCAAAUACGACACCGCCUGCCGGACACAGAACCUCGGAGCUCCCAGGCGAAGCAGUCUCUUAUAGACCCCAUGGCAUCUCGGAAUUACCAUCUAGCACAACUCGGGUGAUAGCGGAGCUCGAAACACCACAGACUUCGCCGGACAUACAGCAAGGAGAAUUCAACAACGACCUAGCAACACCAACGAAUCAGACAAGCGAUAUGGCCCCAGGAUCAGCUUUGUAG